AACGCCCCUAUGUCCAGUCUCUCACGCGACUGCUCCUGACGACUCUGAGUGGAGGUUUUAUCCAUUCAAGUGGGAGAGAGAGCGUCACAUCAAACAGGUGUGGGAGAGAGAGAGGGGGAGGGGAGAGACCAGAGGGAGAUGAAGCUUAAGGUGUACGCCGAUCGGUUGUCGCAGCCAUCGCGUGCGAUCGUGAUCUUCUGCAAGCUAAAUGGAAUCGAUUUUGAGGAAGUGAGGAUAGAUCUUGCCAAGGGCCAGCACCGAUCCCCCGAAUUCAAAAGAAUAAACCCAAUGGGAAAAGUUCCUGCUAUUGUUGAUGGAAGAUUUAAGCUGUUUGAGAGUCAUGCGAUUUUGCGGUAUCUUGCUUGUGCAUUUCCAGGAGUUUCAGAUCACUGGUACCCCGCUGAUUUGUUCAGCAGAGCCAAAAUUGACUCCAUCUUGGAUUGGCAUCAUUCAAACCUACGCUAUGGUGCAGUAUCCCUUGUUCAAAACAGUGUCCUAGCACCUAUAUUUGGUCGUCCAUUAAACUCUCAAGCUGCAAAUGAAGCUGAGAAAGUUCUCAACUUAUCUCUUUCAAAGAUAGAGUCUGUAUGGCUCAAGGGGAACACAAAGUUCUUACUGGGCAAUUCUAAGCCAUCUAUUGCUGAUCUCAGCCUUGUCUGUGAGAUUAUGCAAUUGGAGAUUUUGCAUGAGAAAGAUCGCCAGAGAAUAUUGGGGCCUCACGUGAAGAUUCUGCAGUGGAUUGACGAUGUAAAAUGUGCUACUAAUCCUCAUUUUGAGGAAGUCCAUGAGGUUCUAUACAAACUUAAGCCAAGGUUACAUAGCCGGCUGGCUUCCGUAUCCAACCUUAAUAUCGGGCAGAGCAUGAAAGCCAAGUUGUCAACAAAGCUUUGACAAGGUCAUAGUCGCUGCUGAUUUUUAAUGGGACAAUGUACUAAGAAAAUAAUUGUGUACGCAGCAAAGAUGCUUAUUUGGCCAUCCAUGUAGUAGCUACUGUCCUGCAACUUGUAGUGCUUGUGAACUCUUUUAAAAAUAAUGCUGGUCAUAUGAUGUUUGCUACAGAAUAUAGUCUUGGUAGUAUGCAAGGAGACUUUCCUGCACUGGUAUGUUUGAUAUUUUAGAUGCUUCAGAAUCAGCAUGUCAUAAAUAUGUAUAUGUGAUAUUUUCAAUAAAUGGCUUGGCUUGGCAGC